AUGCAUCUCGACUCUUUACCAAGAGAAAUCCAGUGCCAGAUUAUCCGCCAUCUGGACCCCAUCGGCCUUAUCUCACUCAGCCAAACCAGCUCUGAAUUCCGCCGUCUUAUCAAUCCACAAAAGAGACAUUUUGCCGAGCGGCUACUUGCAUUUGAAUCGAUUUCUGAGUAUGGAGGCCCUACCUUGAUUUUUCGGUCAAGAGAUCACGCUUUACAGCCAAAAUGGCCUGGGAAGGAAUGGGACGGGAUGCGAUGGGCGUGCACGGAUUGUCUCCGUCUAUUACCUCACAAAGACUUUGACAACCAUUCGCUACUCAGACUGGGCUACCGCAAGCCUCUUCCUGGAUCUCCUGCUGCUGAUAUGAUUACUUCGUGGGAGCCUAUUCUACGUACAAGGCCUCGAGACAGGAACACGGAGCGUGCAAGGCGUGAUACCCAAGAUGCUGCCCAAGCGGAGAAAAAGAGGCGCGAAGCCUAUUUCCUUUCUGUGACAAAUGGCAGUGGUCAUGCGCACGCAACACCGGUUAGAGACAAGUUUCAGACAUUCCGAGACUGUGGGAUGAAAGUAUUCCAGGGAAUGAAUUUCCUCAAAUUCCUGGAGCUGGAAGAGGAUACAAUACUGGAGAUGCUAAGCCAGAUCGCUAUAUUGAUCGAGGGUGAAGAAUGCGGCAAGAAACGCUGGCUCCGCAAAUGCAUCGAAUGUCGAUUCCGAAAAGGCUUGAUAUAUCAUAAACUCAACUUGACUAGCGGCACGAAGAAAUUUCCCAUCGUGCCCAGUCGUCAACUCGAGUUUGCAACACCCCUGGAUCGAUUCUUUCCUGGAUUCUCGGAUAGCCUCGAACACAAUAGACCUCCUUUCAAUACCUGCUUGGGGUUAAUUUAUAGAACCCAGGCAUGCGAGCAACGCUGGACGAUGUGGAUGGGUCGAUGUCCCAGAUGUGAGCGCUGGCAAGAGCUUCGAGCAUUUCGAAUAUGGGGGCUUUACCAGCAUUGGAAGCCCGAGAGGAUGACACUUGAUACUCACGGCCAUCACGGCAACGACGAAGGACAAUGGACAUCGGAGGAAAUGCUCGACCGAUCCAUCUGUAACUCCUGCUUCGCCGAGUCCGAAGGUCGAGAAGAACUAGCCCGCCAUCUCCAACAGUUGCUCUUAACGCUGAUGAAGUGGGAGCUCCGCCGACUAUCCGGGCAACUAGCAGGAGGUUUCCACAAUCUUAGCUGGCGGUCCGGAUUCCGGCUAUCCAAGCAGAACAGCAAAGAGUGGAAGAACCUUCUGAAGCAGACACCGUGUCUCAACAAGGAUUACCAGUAUAUAUGCACCCACAACGACGUUGCCCUACUUCGCCUUCGUCGCGGGCAAUGUCUUGAACUGUGGAAGGUUGCGAAUGAAGGGUUCCAGGAGUGGUAUGAUGGUUGGGUGCGGGUUAUGGAUGAUAUUGAGGCGCAUUGGAGCUGGAUUAUGGGAUGUAAGGAUGAGAUUGAAGAGAACCCUGACGUUUUGGCGGAUUGGGCUUUGAAGAGGGAUGGCGCAGCGUUUACAUGA